GAAUAUUGAGAGAUAUGACCCUAUAUAUAGGGAAUACAAGAGUAAUCAAAGUACAAGUAGGAAAGGAAAGAAUAAUCCUAGUAGGAAAGGAAAGAAGUAUCCUAAUUUAAUUAUACUUCCUAAUAUCCCCCCGCAAGCUGAUCAACGGAGACGAGGGGCAGCUUGGAACAUAAGUACUCAAAAGGAACUGGCGGAAGCGGUUGGGGCGGGGGUCGGUUAACCGAUUGUGUGUUUUGGAGAGGAGUAGGUGACGGUCGAGGGUGGGUUGGGGUACGGUUCUGGGGUUGGACCGUCUGUGGCGUGUCCAUAGGGAGGGUGUCGGGCUGUCGUCCGUGACUGGUGGGACGGGUCUGGGGUUGGACCGUCAGUGGGACAGGAGCAUGUGAGCCUGGGCUUGGAGGAAAAAUAAGGGACUUAGAGACAUAACAUGAUUCACAAUGUAAAGGCUCUGAAAACUGAAAACCUAAGGAAGACAAAAUAGAUUUGGCAAUCGCAGGAGCUGGAUGACCGAGUCUACGAUGCCAAGUGGACUCUUGGAUAGCUUGAUACGCAACGGUUGGGAGUUUGGAAGGAAGUGUGUAUAACCCAUGCUCACAGAGGCCCUUGUACCGCACCUGGUUGGUAGGAUUGUCCACUAUCUGGAAAUCGUUGGCAUUGAAAACAAGAGUGCAGUUGUUAUCUUUGGUAAAUCGAUGGACAGACAAUAGAUUGGAGGUAAGGGAAGGGACAUAAUGAAGAGUAGAAANGUUUCCAGAAUGAUUACUCGUAGAUGCAUGCAUUGCACGGGGAGCACUAGAGGAGGACUACCGACCAAAUUUCACCCCAGUCAAACCUCCGGCGCCUUUCAAAUUGGCUUCCAGGAAGUAUAUGAUGAAGCAUGCAUUCUUUCUAUUGCAAAUUCAUACAUAUCUUCAUCGGCUUCAUCAAUUCCCAUUAAAAUCGGCACUCUACCAGUGCGAUUCUUGGCCACUGCAUUUGCGGAGACAUCAUCUUCAGAAGAAUCCCAGUUCCGAUCUGGUGUUGAAGACGAUGAUCCUACAUCCAUUGGUGUCAUCCAGGACAAGGACCUUCUCCGGAAGGCUUCUAAUGGAGGGCUUUUGGUCCUCGAUCUCAUUGACAGGGGCGCAAUGGAACCCGAUGCCCGGUUGUACCAGACACUCAUCAAGAAGUGUGCCGAUCAUAGAAGGCUGAAAGAAGGCAGAGCUGUUCACGAGCAUUUCCUUCGGUCCAGGUUCUGCCAUUACGUUGUUCAUAACAACAUUUUGAUAAACAUGUACUCGAAGUGCCAGUGUGUGGAGGAGGCCCAGAAGGUGUUUGAUGAAAUGCCCGAGAGGGAUAUGGUUUCCUGGGCGUCUCUGAUCACCGGGUAUUCACAAAACGAGAGGUUUUUUCAGGCGCUGGCAAUGUUCCGUGAGAUGAUGAGGGCCGGAUUCGUGCCCAACCACUUCACUUUCGGGGGCGUUCUCAAGUCCGCGGGUUCUGGUACGACCGAUGCUAUGAUGGGAAGACAAACCCAUGCUGUUUGCUUGAAACAAGGGUUUGAGGAGAGUGUUUAUGUGGGGAGUGCUCUUAUAGAUAUGUAUGCCAGUUGUGGAGAAAUGAAUGAAGCAAUGUCUGUGUUUCUGGGGAUGAAGAUGAAGAAUGAGGUUUCUUGGAAUGCUUUGAUUUCCGGGCAUGCUAGGAAAGGGGAGGGGGAGAACACAUUGAAUCUUUUCUUGGAUAUGAAAAGAUCCGGUCUUGACCCGACCCAUUACACGUUUUCAAGUCUUUUCUCUGCUUGUGCGAGUAUCGGAGCUUUGGAGCAGGGAAAGUGUGUCCAUGGGCACAUGAUAAAAUCCGGUUUACAACUCGUCGCGUUUCUAGCCAACACCCUUCUCAAUAUGUAUGCUAAAUCAGGUAGCAUUGGUGAUGCCAAGAGAGUUUUCAGCCAAAUGGUGAAAAGGAAUAUAGUUUCAUGGAACUCAAUGCUCACUGCCUCUGCCCAACAUGGGCUGGGGAAGGAGACUAUAGAGCUCUUUGAAGAAAUGCUUAGGGAAGGCUAUCAACCCAAUGAUGUGACCUUCCUCUCUGUUCUCACUGCCUGUAGCCGUUCCGGGCUUUUAGAUAAAGGAAUGCAUUAUUUCGAGUUAAUGAAUAAAUUCAAGGUAAAACACGAAAUUUUGCAUUUCGUGACAAUCGUUGACCUACUCGGCCGUGCUGGUCAACUUGAUCGUGCCCGAACGUUCAUAAACGACAUGCCCGUGGAACCAACUGCAGAAAUCUGGAAAGCGUUGUUAGGAGCUUGCAUGAAGCACAAAAACACAGAUUUGGGCGUCUAUGCAGCAGAACGGGUGUUUGAACUCGACCCGUACGAUUCAGGGCCCCACGUCUUGAUUUUGGGAGCCCUGUUAGGUAAUGAAUUGACUUUCUUUUGGAGAAUGAGUAUGAUGCUGGAAAAAAAAGGUUGGUCUGGAGAUGGGCAUUAUUUUAACUUGUUAUUGAAAGCAGAACAAAGUUUGGACAGGGUUUUGAUCCAGGUUGGUCGGAUGUUUCGGCGAAAAAUCCCCUGGAUCAAUACCAUUAUAUACCAUUAUUAUACCCUGACGAUAUUGAAAAAAGUAUGAUGCUGGCCAGGGCUGUCAAUGAUACUAAAGCCUACAAUCUUGUCUUGAAAGGGAUUUUUAGUGAGGGGGGUGUCCAAAGAGCUGUUUCUUUUUUUUUUAAUGAAUUGUUAGACAAGGGGGUGUAUGCAUCAACACUAUAACCACACAGUACGUGUUGUCUAACAAUUCAUUAAAAAAAGAAACACCUCUUUGGACACCUCCCUCACUAAAAAUCCCUUUCAAGACAAAAUUGUAGGCUUUAGUAUCAUUGACAGCCCUGGCCAGCAUCAUACUUUUUUCAAUAUUGCCUUCUCCUAUAUAUGCCCUAAUCAGGGUAUAAUAAUGGUAUUGAUCCAGGGGAUGUUCCGCCGAAACAUCUGACCAACCUGGAUCCAAACCCUGUCCAAACUUUGUUCUGCUUUCAAUAACAAGUUAAAAUAAUGCCUAUCUCCAAACCAACCUUUUUUUUCGAGCAUCAUAUUCACUCUCCAAAAGAAAGUCAAUUCAUUACCUAGAAGGGCUCCCAACAUCAAGACGUGGGGCCCUGAAUCAUACGGGUCGAGUUCAAACACCCGUUCUGCUGCAUAGACGCCCAAAUCUGUGUUUUUGUGCUUCACUACAUUCUCCUCAUAUGUUGGGCCGGAGCACCUUAGAAAUUGUGGUUCAAGAUCUGAUGGAUGUUGCUGCAAAAGAGGCUCAACCACUGAAAAGGUUGCACAUUAAGGAAGUUGCUUUGGGGAUGUGUCACCAUAUGGAACUUGUUGGUGUCAAAGCAACCUUUGCCCAGCAUAUAAUUUGGAACGCCGCACGAGAAUGGAAUCACUCGUAGCAAACCAGUCCCAUUGAAUGAUCUUGGACAUAUAGUCAGUGAGACAGCGAAGCAAAACACAAGAACUCGGUGACAUGAUUUUGUAUGUUUUGAUCGCCAUGCCUUGGAUCUUCUGGACAAAAUGAUGACACUUGAUCCGUCACAGAGAAUUUCCGCAAAGGAUGCAUUGGAUGCUGAAUAUUUUUGGACUGACCCUUUACCUUGUGACCCAAAAAG